CUCUCUCACCCCCCACCCACCUCUCUCUUGCUCUCUCUAUCUCCCCACCUCUCUCUCUCUCCACCCAGGUGUUUGUUAGUUUAAGGCAAUGAGGACAGGACUAGAGGGCAGGAGAGGAGGGGUGAUCUGUGUUUUCUGGAGAGAUGAACGAAGGCCUUUGUUUAGAAUAUGAGAACACACUUUUUCCCCCUCUCUCUCACUCUCCCCACCUCUCACUCUCCUGUCUGUGCACUCCUCCUUCUCCUCUUCCAUCCCCUCUUUUCUCACUCUCUAUCCAUUCUCACCUCUCACUUUUAGUUCUGCUGGUACAGUAUCCUCUGGGGAGUGUGCUUAAAGAGUUGGGAGUCUCUUGGGAGUUCUGUCGUCUACGUCUCCUCUUCUGCUUCGCAGGUUUAUUCUUUGCCUGAUUUUUGCUUCUGGAGGUGCUGCCAUACUCAGGAGGAUCUUUGUUACUUCUCUUUACUCCAAGACUGGACAGGAGGUGGUUUCAGAAACACAGCCCAGGUCUCAAAGUUUUUCCUUGUCUGUAGUCAUUUUUUUCUUGGACUAUCCCAGUUAGUUUGUCUUGGACUAUCCCAGUUAGUUUGUCUUGAACUAUCCCAGUUAGUUUGUCUUGGACUAUCCCAGUUAGUUUGUCUUGGACUAUCCCAGUUAGUUUGUCUUGGACUAUCCCAGUUAGUUUGUCUUGAACUAGAACAGUUAGUUUGUCUUGAACUAGAACAGUUAGUUUGUCUUGAACUAUCCCAGUUAGUUUGCCUUGAACUAGUACAGUUAGUUUGCCUUGAACUAGUACAGUUAGUUUGUCUUGAACUAGUACAGUUAGUUUGUCUUGAACUAGUAGUCUCCAAUCCUGGGUUUUGGAUUUGACCAGCCGUGGGCUCAGAUCCAGAAACCUGACGUGGCGAUGCUGAGAUUUUGGGUUCUGUGUCUGUCUGUGAGUGUUCUCAGUGUAGGCGUUCUAACUCUGAUACCCCAAAAACACGAGAUAGAAAAUAAGGUACAACACGACGUGGAACAUGUGCGUGGAACACGGACCGUGGAACAUGAAGCGAGGGAACCCGAUAAAAUCAAUGCAGAGACUCUAGCAACCCACCAACCUGCCACAUACACUCCUAAAAUGGACACACAUGCCACAGUCUCAACUCUGACAGACAUACCUCUUACAGAAACAACUGUGAUAGGUACAGCUAUUACGGAGUCAGACGUACCUGUGGUCGCCACAUUUCUUUCAUCAGCCCUACCCCUCACCUCAUUACCGUAUGAUGAAGAAGGCAGGGUUCAGGAAAAAGGCAGAGAGGACGAGAAUCCAAGAAUUGAAGAGGAGGAGGAGAAGGGGAGAGUGAGGGAUGAGCAGAUGAGAAAGGACAGAGAGAUGGAGGCGAGCAGAGGGAGGAGAGGAGUGACGGGAAGGAGACAUGCAGCAACUGUAGAGUCCACUGCAUACAGAGUGGCAGGUCUGGGGCGCCCCCUACCUGGCUGGAAGAAGCGAGGCACAAAUGGGGGAGCUGAACAGGAAGGUAUUCUCAGGACCAUACUAAAGGAACUACACAGUGAUAAGGACAGACUGAUGGACACAGAGAAGGCAGAGGAAGAGGAAGAUGAGGAAGAAGAAGAAGAAGACGACGAUGAAGAUGAAGAUGAUUCUGAAGAGGAGGAAGAGGAGGAGGAGGAAGAGGAAGAGGAGGAGGAAGAAGAGGGGACAGAGUCUCCCACCAAUCAGACAGUAGCAAGGACCAGCUUCACAGAGUCUCUCCCAGGGACGUGUCAAACGUCUAAAGGACAAAUAAGUUGCAGGGGUGUUGGCAUGAAUCACCUCCCAAUCAUCACCGACCUUGGGGUCACGACCCUGGACCUGGCAGAGAACAACAUCAGUCUUAUUGCCUCGCGGGGUUUCUCUGGUCUUCCCAACCUGGAGAGUAUAGAUCUGAGCAAAAACCGACUGGAUGACGACUCACUCAGCCACCACCUCUUCUCUAAUCUGACCCGGCUGAGGAGGCUUAACCUAGAUGAUAACCAGCUGACACGAAUCCCACUGCUGCCACCGUCACUGGAGGAGCUCAAGAUGAAUGACAACAAGAUCACCAGACUCACCCCUUACAGCUUCAAAGGUCUGUUCCAUCUGUUGUCUCUGGAGCUAGAGGGGAACCUUUUCCAUGACGGCAACAUGUCCCCUUUGACCUUCAAGCCACUGAGGAGCGUCCAGUACCUGCGCUUGGACACGAACAGCUUCCGCUCCCUCCCCCUCGGCCUGCCCCGCUCCCUACAGGAGCUGAGGAUGCGUGAUAACCAGUUACAGGAGGUACCAGAGGGGGUUCUGAGUGAAUUGGCCAAACUGAGAGUUUUAGACCUUAGUCACAACCUGCUGCAUGAGGGCAGCAUCUCAAACCGGGCCUGGGUCAAACUAACUUCUCUUGAAGCCUUGGACCUCUCUCAUAACAGCCUCACCUCAGUCCCCCUCUACUUACCCCGCCCUCUGCGUCAGCUGACCCUGCAACACAACUCAAUUGGUCGAAUCCCUGCGUAUGUCUUUGGCCACCUGCGCCCCGGCCUAGAGUCCCUCCGUCUAUCCCACAAUGCACUAGGGGACGAAGGAGUGCAAGGAGUUUCUUUUGUGGGCAUGUACCGAUCGCUUGUUGAGCUCCUAUUGGACAAUAACCGUCUGGGGGCGGUGCCUCGCAGCGUGUGGCAGUUUAGGAACCUGCAGGUGCUGAGGCUCGACUACAACCAAAUCAGGUCUGUGGCGGUGGGGUCGGUGUGUCACUCUCGUGUGGCGGUGCGUUCGGCCCUGGCCUCUCUCCACCUGGAGAACAACCUUAUAGAGGAAGAGAUUCCCUCCACUACCUUCAACUGUAUUCAACACCCUAGUGGUGUGGUCACACAGCCCCAGGAACACAUACACGAGGUGUAGACCAGCGUCUCCGUUUACAGAUGUUCCACUGAACCAUCGUUAAACCUCCCUAUUUCCUCACCUCCUUUUCUUCACUAGUCACCUAUGUCGUCUAGUCAUGUAUGUAAACUCGUGUUUGUGAUGUCGAUGAUGAUGAUGGUGAUGAUGAUAAAGAUAGUAAUUCAGGUAACACAACAGUUGUGUUACCUUACUCUAACAGAAAUGAAACUACUGAUGUCUGUGUAUGAUAAUGCUCUAGCGGUUGAGAAAGAAUAUUAAAUAACAGCUAUUCCAACCUGUGUAUUUAAAGGUCUGGGGGAGGUUAGUCUUGGGGCAGGUUAGACGUAUACCAGGGGUAACAGGGUAACAGUGUCAGUGGGAGAUCUGAGGGAACAUUGGGAAAGAAUAUAAACAUCAUACAUGUUCUCCACCCUGAGUCCAGCCAUAUAAACAUCUCC